AUGGCGAAUCUACGGUUCGCGGUUAGCAUGCAACGGUUGAUACCGUUUCUGGGCUACCACCAUGUGCUCAUGAUCCUGAUAGCCAUUGCUAUAAUCCUACUAUCAUUACUACUAGCAGGCUGCUCGUCUACCUCCCCGCUAAUACCGGGCAUCUUCCUCAUUUCAAUGUGGUACGAAAAGUACACACCCACCUACUCCACCGAACAAGUCGAUCCCGGUGUCACCGCAGCAAUCGCGAAUAUUGUCGGCAAUGCGCAGCUCGCAGUGCGCGUUGGGUACUUCGGCAUUUGCAUAAAUAAGGAUGGCGGCGACUACAUCUGCUCGAACAACGCAACUGCGCUUGUCGACGGUGUGUCGGUCGACCAAGACCCGCUCAACCUGGUGUGGGUCGCCUCAACUUUCAAGGAUGCCGUCGUAUUCCCCUACCUUCUCAUCGUCGCCAUCAUUCUCGCCUUCUUCACAUUCAUCCUCCUCGCGACAUUCCCCGGCUGGCACGAAGAGAGAGACGAGCAUACCGGUUCGGACGUCGAUGUCAAGCCCUUCCCGUCAAGACCAGUCUCGCAGGUUGCGCUCGCGCUCAUCUUCAUCGCAUCCAUCUUCGUGCUCGUUUCCGUGCUAUGGCAGCAUACCGCAUCCGUAGCCGCAGCGACAAUCGUGCAAGACCUGGGAAACGGUAGCGUGAAGUCGGGCGUCGGGACAAGCGCGAUGGUACUCGGCUGGUUCGGCUUCGUGCUACUCAUAAUAGUAACCAUCGGGUUGCUAGUCAUGAUACUGAGUAUCAUCGUGCUGGAUCGGUUGACCGACAACGACUAA